AUGGCAAUGGAACAGGAAAACAAGACUUGCCAGGAUGAGCUAUUGGCUUUAAGGGAUUCCCGAGGGAAGGGAAAGGAAAUUGUUGAGAGCAGUGAGAGGAAAAACAAUCAGGAUGGGUCCUGGAAGAGGCGGAUGACUAAUCAACAGGCGCCAGCUAAAGAAGCAGCUGCACCUGUAAGGCAGGUGGCACCCCUGAGGUGUUUCAAUUGCAACGAGAUGGGUUAUACUGCCAAGGGUUGUACGAAGCCGAAGAAUGUAAUAUGCCUUAAAUGUGGCCAGGCAGGGCAUUACUCUAGGGAUUGUACCCAGGCACAAGGUGGGGGACAAGGGAAUCAACAGAGGCAACUACCUCAGGAAAAGGCGAGGGUGUUUGCUGUUGUUCAGCAGGGUGCUAGGGAAGAAGGUACCUUAUCUAAUUCUGCUUUUGUUGUUAGAAUGACAUGUGAUAGUAGAGUACUUCUUUCUGUGUGUUGUGUUGGGUUUUGCCUGUUGUCUACAGUUAGACUUUUGAGUGUGACAUGUUGUGUGAUACAUCCUUCAUUGUUGUGGUAG